CUUUGUGAAUCCAUAUUUAGUCCACUACAAUGCUAAAAGAAAAAAAAAAACCUCUAUCUAAACGACACCGCUUUGUUUCAUAUCUUCUUUUUCACCUGUUCUGAGAAUAACGCUAAUCCUUUCCAUCCUCACGGGACAUUGGCGAUGGUAGCACUCAAUACUACGUCGUUCUCUUUGCUUCCACAAAACCCAAAACCAAUUUCUCUUUCUAGGGUUUCAAGCUUCAUUUGCAGAGCAUUUACCAAAUUCCCCGGAGACUCAGAUUCCGACGACUCACCGGAUGAAAUUCCCGGCCGGAGGUCCAAUUACUCCGGCGUCAAGCUCGAAGAAACAGUUGAUAGCAAAACCGGAAAGCUCCGACUAGAUUCAUGGGUCAGUUCCCGGAUCGACGGAGUUAGUAGAGCUCGUGUUCAGUCUAGCAUCCGCUCUGGUCUUGUUUCCGUCAAUGGACGCGUCACUGAUAAGGUUUCACAUAUGGUAAAAGGUGGAGAUAAGGUUGAUUGUACAAUAGCUGAUUUGAAGCCUUUAAGAGCUGAACCAGAGGAUAUACCAUUGGAUAUAGUGUAUGAAGAUGAGCAUGUUCUUGUUGUUAACAAGCCUGCUCACAUGGUAGUUCAUCCUGCACCAGGAAAUGCUACUGGAACGCUUGUAAGUGGUAUUCUUCAUCACUGCAGUCUUCCUACUGUUUCAUUUCCGGGUGAGGAAGUGCUUUCUGAUGGGGAAGAUGCUUCUGAUGAUGAGUUGAACAUAUUUUCUCCCAAUCGAAGUCCUAAUUAUGAUGACUCUUCUGUUAUGUGUGAGUCAUCUGUUAGGCCAGGAAUUGUGCAUAGGUUAGACAAAGGAACAAGUGGAUUGCUUGUUGUAGCGAAGAACGAGCAUUCCCUUGCCGAUCUAGCUGAGCAGUUUAAGAAACAUACCAUUAAGAGAGUAUAUGUCAGCAUUACUUGUGGGGUACCAGCUUCAGUCGCAGGACGCGUUGAUAUUCCAAUUGGUCGUGAUUCUAAUAACAGAAUCCGCAUGGCUGCUAUCCCUGGAACACCUAAAAGUGGAAAAUCUCGUCAUGCUGUCAGUAGGUAUAAAGUAAUCGAAAAACUUGCUGGGGGUGGCUCGGCAUUGGUUGAAUGGAGGCUAGAAACUGGUCGCACUCAUCAGAUACGUGCUCAUGCGAAGCACCUAGGUAUACCUCUUAUGGGUGAUGAAGUGUACGGAGGUACGAAGAACAUGGCCCUUUCGCUUCUUCAGCCUAAAACACCACCAAUGUUUCAUGGGGAACUUUCACAAUUGGUGUCUCAAAUUGACAGACCUUGCCUCCAUGCUUUAACCCUCGGAUUUAGGCAUCCAUUCACAGGCGAGAAUAUACACUUUACGCGGUUACCCCCUCCUGAUUUUGCUGAGAUAUUAAGCGAGCUACGUGCCAUUAAAACUGAGAAGGUAACUCAUCCAAACUACUACUAAUACUAAUAAUCCCAAUCCUCAGCUCACAUUUGGUGCUGAGUAAUUUACUUUCAGGUUUUAUGAAUUCAACACAACAUGAUACAUUGUUUUGAUUGAAUGUCCAUGUAAAAGGAGCAGCAGAUUCUUUGAUACUAGAUCAACUUAAUUUUCUCAUACGCUGACAUCUCGAACACAGUUGUGAUAAUGUAAUAGAUAGCUAUAAUGAGUUUAUUCUUUUCUUGUUAUAUUGUUAAAUUACUCUCCUAUAUUUAAUCAGCAGAAGUCGAGAAGGCGACACCUGAAAAAGUAUAACUCUUAUUCCUAUUUGAACUAUCAAUAUUUGUGUUUUCACCUAAA